AUGGGAAAUUGUUAGCAGUGUAAUGAUUCCGCCCAAAAUAAGACACAAGAGAUAUUGACUAUAAGGUCAACAAAGAGUAAACAAAAAAUUGAAAAGAAGUUAGACAAAUAAGAAUCAAAAGGACUGAUUAAAAUACAAGCGUAUUUCAGAGGCUAUUUAAUUAGAAAGUAUAAUCUUAAUUUCACUUAGAAAAUUUCAUUCUAAAUUAUCUAGAUCAACCGCUCAAAAACAAAGUUCUUCAAUUUUAGAUUAAAAGAGUUCUCAUAAUGGUUUGAUUAUAGAGAAAACUUCAUAAAUUAAAAAGAAUACUAUUUAAAUACAAUAAUCCUUGAAAAGAUUGUCUCAAAAAUAGGAUGAUAAGCAAGAAAGCAAUGUAAAAUAGUUUUGCAAUGCAGAUAUUACUUUACACAUAAAUAGGGACAUUAAAGAUGAUGCUAGUUCCUUUUCAGAAAUUAGCAGACCUCCAAGUACUCCUAUAGCGAUAUCUACAGAAAUGAAUGGGUUAUGUUACAUACCGUUACAAAAAAAAGACUAAUUAUUAGUCGUAAACAAGUAAUAGCAGAAAUGCCCUUGCAUCUAACUCUAAAAUGGAUGUUUUUAUGAGGGUUAAUGGAAGAAUGGAAUGAUGCAUGGUUUUGGUAAGUAUAUUUUAUCUGAAAAUUCAUUCUACAUAGGAGAUUUGUUUGAAAAUAAACCAAAUGGUUAAGGCACAUUUUAACAUUCUAAUGGAGAUUUAUUUUUAGGUACUUGGGUUGAUGGACAGGUUUAAGGCAAGGGAAAGUAUACAUUCUCUAAUUACACGUAUUAUGAUGGCGAAUGGUAAAAUGAUCUACCAAAUGGACAUGGAAUAUAAACGUAUUCUGGGGGUUGGACAUAUGAAGGUAAAUUUGAAGUGUAUUCCAAGGCUAGGAAGUUUUAUAGAUGGAUUUAAAAGUGGGUUGGGCAAAUUGGUAUAUCCAGAUGGAUCUAUAUAUUAAGGAAGAUUUGAAAAUGAUUUGAUUUCAGGAUUUGGAACUUUAAUCUUCUUUGAUGGAAGAAUAUACACUGGAGAAUGGAAAAAUGGCUUUAAAAAUGGUAAAGGAGUCUUCGAAUGGCCAGAUGGAAGAAAAUAUGAUGGCCAAUAUGUGAAUGAUUUGAGAGAAGGAUAUGGUGUUUUAAUAUGGCCUAAUAGUUAAUAAUAUUUGGGAUUUUGGAAAGCAGGACUUUAACAUGGAAAUGGAUAAAUUAUAAAAUCUAAUGGAAAUAUUUUUAAAGGUUAAUGGAUUAAUGGAAAAAUUGCUAAUAAAAAAUUAGGAGCCAAUACUCCAGCGAAAGUAGUUAAGCUCACUAAUCAUUGA